AUGGAUGAUGCUAAUCCAUGGGUGGCAGAAAGGGGGAAUGCGGAUAGUAAUUUCAGAUCGAGGGAUUACUGGAAUAAUACGGAAAUACAUAAACAAGCUUCAACAAAGGCUGGCGAGUGGUAUCAGAUAGAAAAGAACUUGGAUGAGAUAGGACAGAGGCAGCGUCGGCCGUCACAGAGAAAUGUCAACAUCUUUAGAUGGUCCUCGAAAGAGAGCAAUAAAGGCCAGCAAAGCAUGGAAAGACUAAGAAAGAAAAAGCAGCAGGAAGAGAAGAUUCAACGGAAAGUUAAUCCGAAGUUACUUAAUGCAGCAUUUGUGGAAGCUCGGAAAAUCAUCGACGAGAGGCAUCAGAAGGAGGAAUUGGAAAGAGCACGGUUAGCCAAAGAGCGCGAAGAAAGAGAGAGACGAUUAAAGGAACAGAAAAGGCAGAAGGAUCUAGAAGUCAAGCGAUACGAGGUCAAAUUGGAAGGAUCUGAAAAGAGUAAGAAGAAAAAAGGAUUUUUGCAGACAUUAUUUGGCCGCAAGUCGAAGAUCUCCAAGGAUCAUCUAUCGAACGAUGCUGUGAAGGAAGAUCCUAAGGUUCCUGAGCAUGACGAUUUUCUAGCAUUUUCAAAGAAAUUAUCUACCAAGAGUGAGAACACAGAUUAUGACUCUGACUCUAACUCUGAAUCUGAAUCUAAAUCCGGAUAUGAAGAUGGAGCAGAAAGAGGUUAUGAUGAGUUGGGUGAGGUUGGUAACUCAUCAUUUGAUCAGGACCCCCAGUGUACUCAAGAUCUUAAAUCUCCGUCCUUACCAGAAUCAUCGUCCGGAGAUACCAUAUCUAAUCACGUGAUUAUCUCGGAAGCCAGUGAUUAUUUUUCUCCCAAGACAACGUCGACCGACUCCUCCUCCUCUUCCUCCAGCUCCGAGUUUGGAGAAUUCAAUCAGCAUCUAACCACUUAG